UCAACGUCCCGUCACCACAGCAAAGACUACAACUCCCGGCAUUCCAUACGCUCCACAGCUGCCAACGUCACCUCUGACCUCACGAGAAAACGUCACCAGGGGUCGCCAUGGUGACGGGAUGACGUAGGAGCCUCUGACAGUGGUGUUCUGAACCGGCAUCUCUCUUCGAGGUCAGACUCAGGAGUCCUCAGCGAGAGGCGGCCCCUCCCAGCUAACACUCCGCAUCGAAACGGUGUCCAGCCGUCUGCCUCAGAGCCGGAAUGGCCGCCAAAUGCGCGGGACGCCUCAGUGGUGUGGGCGCGCGCUCCCUCAGCGACUUUGUCGGGCUCGCGACAUUCCAGGGGUUCCGGGGCUGCCGGACGCGAGCGCAGCGUCACCCAAUCAGACAUUUGUCUUCAUGUGGCAUUCUUAUGUCUAGAACACCGAAAAAGAUUUUGCAGAAUGUUGAUGACCCUUGUAUCCAGCACUGUCGGAGCUUUCUGGGAUUUUCUGGACCUUUCACUAAUAAGAGAAAGGAGUACUCAGAGCGCAGAAUACUUGGCUACUCCAUGCAAGAGAUGUAUGAAGUUGUAUCCAACGUGGAAGAGUACAAACUAUUCGUACCAUGGUGUAAAACAUCCACUAUCAUCUCCAAGCGCACAGGAUAUGCCAAAGCACAGCUGGAAGUUGGCUUUCCACCCAUUUUAGAGCGAUAUACAUCCAUCCUCACACUGGUGCGCCCUCAUCUAGUAAAAGCUAUCUGUACUGAUGGUCGACUUUUCAACCAUUUGGAGACCAUUUGGCGCUUUAGUCCUGGCAUCCCUGGCUAUCCCCGUACCUGCACUGUAGACUUUUCGAUAUCCUUUGAGUUUCGUUCUUUGCUGCAUUCCCAGCUGGCCACCGUCUUUUUUGAUGAAGUCGUGAAGCAGAUGGUUGCGGCAUUUGAGAGGCGGGCAGGGAAGACUUAUGGUCCAGAAACGCCAAUACCCCGUGAGCUCAUGUUUCACGAAAUCCAUCAAACGUGAUGACCACAUACUGGCUACACUGCAAAGGGAGAGACCGUGACAGGACAUCCAACCAACCCAGCCAACCCAAAGUCCACAUAAUGUAUAUUGAACAUGAGUCUCAAAACUUUGUGCACUCACUGGGACUUGAGAGCUCAGAACCACACCUAGGUUUAUUUUUUGUUGUUUAUUUUUUAAACAAAUAUUUAUUUAAUUUCACAUCUGAUAGUGCUGAAAAA